AUGCUGCGCAUAGCGCUUAUCUCGACGCAGUUGCAUGCGCUGGUCGGUGAUGAUAUCCACGAACAUGGUGCCCAUACCGCCUUGAUCCUCUGCGAUCGAUCGGGUGAGCUGUACGGGUAUGCAUGCAAAGCCGGUGAGGGAACCGAGCCAUGGCCCCAUGCGGGACUGAUGGCGCCACCUGCGCAUGCGCCGCCUUCUGCAGAAGAACGUGCCAGAAUGCUCGCAGCGAUUGCCAUAACGGCCUGGCGAAAGAACGCUAAGCAGGUCAGGCGCGCCACGACGAUGCCGGUGCCCGAGUGGCCGGUGCCGGCGUCCGCCUCUGCCGCGAUCACAGCGUCCGUGCGGAACUCACGCACGCAGCGGCGCCUGUCCACGUCGCGUCCACGCGACGCCAGCAGUCACAGCAGCCACUCCGCGCGCGAGCGGCGCCCGAGUUCCGAGCGACCGGGUCUGCCGCGUGCCUCCAUGCGCCGCGCUCUUCGUGACAUGGAGGGCGCCGUGUCCGAGGACCAGAGUGUCUCGGGCGCAGAGACCGAGUCCGAGAGUUGUGAUACCAAUACGCCCAUGUUUGUCGAGUGCGAGCAUGGGCGUCUUUUGAUCGUGCGGAUCCACGCUCAUGCCAUCACGGAGCAGCACGAGCGAUGCCGGCAGACGAGGCUGUCUCGGCGUCCGCUACGUUCUCGGAUGAGAUCGCGGCAUCCCUCGUUUGCGAACAGCACGAGCUCGGGGCCGGGCGUCGGUGAUGUGUCGGCUACGCACCAUGCCGUGGCGAAUCUGCGUGCGCAGACGUUUGCAGAAGAGAGCCUGGACAUGGGCUUUUCGACCGAAGACGAGACGGAUGUCGAUUCGGCGUCGGGCCCGGAUGGACUGAAGGGCGACUUGUUGGCCCAGUCGCUCCUGCUGGUGCUGCAUGCUCCCAGCACGGGGGCGUCCUCGGCGACGUGGGAUACGCUCGUGCGUCAGGCCGUGGUGUUUGCGGACGCGAAUGCCCAUGCCCCAUCGCGCCCCUUUGCUCGGACCCCUGCCGAGUCGGCAUGA